UGAACAGAAGGCUCCUCUCUCAGUUUAAAAGGCAUUUUCUCCUCCUCUCCUCUUUCUUUCCCACUCUCUCUCUCUUUAGCUCUGACUCGGUGCUCAGACUUGGUGACAAGAGCAGUAGGCUGAGCUGUCAGGGCAGAAGAAACAGUGAGAAAAUUGAUUUUUUUUGGAAUAGAAGUGUCAUCUGGUUAGAAAACAAGGAGAGAGGUGGCGGAACUGCCUUCAAGGUGGACAUCCUUUCAUCCCCCUUUGCUGAAAGUGUUGGGUUCCAAUGAGGCAAUUCGUGUGAGCUGCCAAAGGCUGUGGUGUAGUAGCUCUGAACUGUCUGGUCUGCUAAAGGGCCCCUACACUUAUUCAGAUUUGGCCAGACUUCCAAGCUUUGUCCGAGGAGUCCAGUUGAGAAAGACAAAAAUGGGAACUAAAAGCAUUUUAGGGUGUGUCUUCCUGACUCUCCUUCUCAACCUCUGCCAAGCUGGGCUGGUGAGAAAAUUACUUAGGGAUAAACGGGCGACCUUGACAACCCCUGGCGGAAACAAUGUGACCCUGACCAGCGCUGAGCAACCAGUGGUCUUCAACCACGUCUACAACAUCAAUGUCCCUUCCGGCUCACUAUGCUCAGUGGACCUGGAUGCCCUAGGAAGCACCAGCCUCGAGCCCCAGGACGCAGGUCCGCCUUCAAGCCUCCGCACCACCGAACAUACCCUGGAUGGCCAGAACCAGAUAGUUUUCACUCACCGCAUUAACAUUCCUCAGCAGGAGUGUGCAUGCACUGAUGGGCUCCCGGAUCUGAAGGACCUCCUGAGCAGAUUGGAGAUGCUGGAGGGAGAGGUGUCCACGCUGAGAGACCAAUGCGCUAGUGGAGACGCUGGCGGCUGCAGCGUUCAGCCAGUCACAGGUGAGGUGGGGACCAAGCCUUAUUGCAAUGGCCAUGGCAACUACAGUGCUGACACCUGUGGUUGCAUUUGCGAGCCUGGCUGGAAGGGACCCAACUGCACCAAGUCUGAAUGCCCCAACAACUGCCAGGACCAAGGUCGCUGUGUGGAUGGGAAGUGCGUCUGCUUUGAGGGCUUUGGCAGGGAUGACUGUUCACUCAAGGUUUGCAAAGUGGACUGUGGUGGGAACGGACAAUGUAUUGGUGGGGUCUGUGUCUGUGCCAAGGGUUACACUGGAGAGGACUGUUCUCAGACAGACUGCCUGAACAACUGUCUAAGCCGUGGAAAGUGUGUGGACGGGGAGUGUGUGUGUGAAGAGCCCUGGACGGGCUACGACUGCUCCGAACUCAUCUGCCCCAACGACUGCUACGACCGCGGCCGCUGCGUCAAUGGAACCUGCUACUGCGAAGAAGGAUUCACCGGGGAGGACUGUGGGGAGAAAACCUGCCCAAGUGACUGCCUGGGAAAUGGUUUCUGUGUGGACGGCCAGUGUGUCUGCAGCGCUGGCUACACUGGAGAGGACUGCUCCAAGCUCACCUGCCCCAGUGACUGCAACGAUAGAGGUGUCUGCUUCAACGGCAUGUGUAUCUGUAAUGCUGGCUACCAAGGAGAGGAUUGUAGCCAGCUGGCUUGUCCCAACAACUGCCACAACAGGGGACAGUGUGUCAACAGACAAUGCGUCUGCAAUGUAGGCUACCAGGGAGAGGACUGCUCUGAGCUCUCCUGCCCCAACAACUGCCAGGACCAAGGUCGCUGUGUCGAUGGGAAGUGCGUCUGCUUUGAGGGCUUUGGCAGGGAUGACUGUUCACUCAAGGUUUGCAAAGUGGACUGUGGUGGGAACGGACAAUGUAUUGGUGGGGUCUGUGUCUGUGCCAAGGGUUACACUGGAGAGGACUGUUCUCAGACAGACUGCCUGAACAACUGCCUAAGCCGUGGAAAGUGUGUGGACGGGGAGUGUGUGUGUGAAGAGCCCUGGACGGGCUAUGACUGCUCCGAACUCAUCUGCCCCAACGACUGCUACGACCGCGGCCGCUGCAUCAAUGGAACCUGCUACUGCGAAGAAGGAUUCACCGGGGAGGACUGUGGGGAGAAAACCUGCCCAAGUGACUGCCUGGGAAAUGGUUUCUGUGUGGACGGCCAGUGUGUCUGCAGCGCUGGCUACACUGGAGAGGACUGCUCCAAGCUCACCUGCCCCAGUGACUGCAACGAUAGAGGUGUCUGCUUCAACGGCAUGUGUAUCUGUAAUGCUGGCUACCAAGGAGAGGAUUGUAGCCAGCUGGCUUGUCCCAACAACUGCCAUAACAGGGGACAGUGUGUCAACGGGCAGUGCGUCUGCAAUGUAGGCUACCAGGGAGAGGACUGCUCUGAGCUCUCCUGCCCCAACAACUGUCUCAACCGGGGCCGCUGUGUCAACGGACAGUGUGUGUGCGAUGAAGGGUUCGGUGGUGAGGACUGCAGCAUCAAGAUCUGCCCCUCAGACUGCUAUGGCAGUGGAGAUUGUGUGGAUGGCCGGUGUGUCUGCUAUGCUGGCUUCACCGGUGAGGACUGCAGCGAGCUGAGCUGCCCCAACAACUGCCUGAACCGGGGACGCUGCGUUGACGGGCAGUGCGUCUGCGACGAGGGCUUCACAGGGGAAGACUGCACUGAGAAGCACUGUCCCAAUGACUGCCUGGACAGGGGAUACUGCGUGGAUGGCAAAUGUGUCUGCCUGGAGGGCUAUGCGGGUGUCGACUGCUCUGAACUCACCUGCCCUGAUAAUUGCAACAACAGGGGGCACUGUGUUAAUGGGAAGUGCAUGUGUGAGGAGCGAUACAUGGGAGACAACUGUGGAGAGCUGAGCUGCCUCAACAACUGCCAGGACAUGGGCCGCUGUGUGAAUGGACAAUGUCUCUGUGAUGAGGGAUACAUCGGAGAAGACUGCUCAGAAGUUUCACCUCCAAAGGACCUGACUGUAACAGAGGUCACCACCGAGACAGUGGAUCUGACCUGGAACAAUGAGAUGCUGGUGACAGAGUAUCUGAUUGCAUAUGUGCCCACUAGUCCUGGGGGUCUGUACCAGGAGUUCAGAGUGCCCGGAGACAAGACUGCUGCCACAGUCAGCGAGCUGGAGCCCGGCAUCGAGUACCUGAUCAACGUCUACGCCAUCCUCAGCAACAAGAAGAGCAUCCCAAUCAGUGCCAGGGUGGCCACAAAUCUACCGGAGCCAGACGGCUUGAAGUUCAAAUCGGUGAGGGACACCUCAGUAGAAGUGUUGUGGGAUCAGCUGGACAUUCCCUUUGAUGCCUGGGAGCUCUAUGUCCGUAACACGAAAGAGGAGAAUGGGAAGAUCCUGACAACCCUUCCAUCCUCCCAGACUAUGUAUGAGCAGUCAGGGCUUGGUCCCGGUCAGGAGUACGAGGUCUCAGUGGGCGUCAUCAAGAACAAUACCAGAGGACCUCAGUCUACUAAAAUCAUUACCACCAGGAUUGAUGGCCCCAGACAGGUAGAGGUGCGUGAUGUGACAGACUGCUCAGGCUUGGUCACCUGGUUCCAGCCCGUGGCCCAGGUGGACGGUGUCACCGUGUCCUACGGCCCCAGCUCCCACCCCACAGAGAGGACCAGCGUGGACCUGUCCACCUCAGACAAACAGUACAGCAUCGACAGACUCAGCCCAGACACUGAGUACCAGGUGUCCCUGAUCUCCAGGAGGGGAGACUACACCAGUGAGCCAGUCUCUGAGAUAUUCACCACAGACCUGGACGCCCCCAAAGACCUGAAGCCCUUGGGCCAGACAGACGACAGUGUCACACUGGAGUGGAUAAACAGCCGGGCAGAUGUUGACAGCUACAGGGUGAAGUACAGCCCCAUCUCUGGGGGUUCCCAUGGCGAGGAGGUGUUCUCCCGUGGGUCAGGAGACAGCACUCAGGCCACCAUCACUGGAAUGAAACCAGGUACAGAAUACGGGAUUGGUGUGACUGCCGUGAAGAACGAGAGGGAGAGCCACCCUGCCACUACAAACGCAGCCACUGAUCUCGAUGGGCCCAAGGACUUGGAAGUGAGCGUGUCCACAGAGACAAGCAUGACCCUGGUGUGGAGGAGACCCAGAGCCAAGAUCACCAUCUACAGACUGGUGUACAUUUCCAGGGACGGUCGAAGGGAGGAGGUGGAGGUCCCUGGAACUGCCACCACCUAUGUCCUGACCAACCUGACCCCCGGUAUGCUGUACACCAUUACCCUGGUCGCUGAGAGGGGCUCAAAGAAGAGCACACCCGUAACCCUGUCCGCAUCUACAGAGGAGCUGAGGCCUGUGGUGGCCAACCUCACAGUCUCUGACGUGACAUGGGACAGCUUCAAUGUGUCCUGGACUCCCGAGGACGGGGAGUUUGGGAGCUUUGUCAUUGAGGUGACAAACUUACAGGAAGGUUUAGAGAGCGAGAACCUCACCCUGUCUGGUGAUGCCUUCAGCCUGGGCAUUUCUGACCUGAGUCCUAACACCUCGUAUAGGAUUGGCCUGUACGGGCUCCACAAGGGCUCCUUCCAGGAGCCAGUGUAUACCGAAGUCACUACAGGCCUGGGCGCUCCAAGGGGCAUCCGCUUCUCUGAGGUGACCGAGUCCUCGGCCAUAGUCCACUGGACCGUGCCUCGUGCCAGAGUGGACAGCUACCGCAUCGUUUAUGUGCCCCUCCAAGGAGGUAGCCCAAUGACAGUGCUUGCGGAUGGGACUGAGACCCAGGCCUUGCUGCCUGACAUGUUGCCAGGGGUGACCUACCAGGUGACCAUAUUCUCCACGAAGGGCCUGGAGGAGAGUGACCCAGGGACAGACACCAUCACCACAGCUCUGGACAGACCUCAGGGUCUUUCUGCUGUCAACGUCACUGACAGGACCGCCCUGCUGCUAUGGCAACCCACUCGGGCCACUGUGGAUGGCUACGUCAUCACCUACAGUGCAGAUUCAGGGUCCCCAGUGAUGGAGCAUGUUUCUGGGAACACAGUGGAGUUUGAGAUGGGCUCUCUGGUCCCUGCCACCCAUUACACAGUUGGGGUAUACGCCAUGAGGGAGGCACUGAAGAGUGGCACCACCACCACCGAAUUCACCACAGAUGUGGAUUCUCCUCGCGACCUGGCAGCCAGUAAUGUCCAGACAGACAGUGCCACUCUCACUUGGAAGCCCCCGCGGGCCGACAUCACCGGAUACGUCCUCACCUUCACCUCAUCUGACAGCACAGUCCGGGAAGUGGUCCUGAGCCCUACAGCCACAUCAUACAGCAUGACUCAGCUGAGUGGCACUACCGACUACAACGUCAGGCUACAGGCCAUCGCUGGAGCCCAGCGGAGCCGCCACGUCACCACCGUCUUCACCACCAUCGGAGUGUUGUACAGAUACCCCAAGGACUGCUCACAGGCUCUGCUGAAUGGAGACACCACCUCUGGCAUCUACACCAUCUACCUGGGAGGAGAAGAGAGCCAGCCCAUCCAGGUCUACUGUGACAUGACCACCGAUGGAGGUGGAUGGAUGGUGUUCCUGAGGCGCCAGAGUGGAAAGCUGGAGUUCUUCAGGAACUGGAAGAAUUACACUGGUGGCUUUGGGGACAUUAAUGCUGAAUUCUGGUUUGGUCUGGCCAACCUCCACAAGUUGACAACAGCAGGCCAGUAUGAGUUGCGUGUGGACCUGAGGGACAAAGGGGAGUCGGCCUAUGCUCAGUAUGACAAAUUCACGAUCGCAGAACCCCGUAGCCGCUACAAGAUCCACAUAGGAGGGUACAGCGGCACAGCAGGUGACUCUAUGACUUAUCACCAGGGCCGACCCUUCUCCACGUAUGACAAUGACAAUGACAUCGCUGUCACCAACUGUGCCCUGUCCUAUAAGGGUGCCUUCUGGUACAAGAACUGCCAUCGUGUCAACCUUAUGGGGAGAUAUGGUGACGAUAGUCACAGCAAGGGUAUCAACUGGUUCCAUUGGAAGGGACACGAGCAUUCAAUCCAGUUCGCCGAAAUGAAGAUUAGACCAGUCAACUUCAGAAACUUUGAAAGUCGAAGGAAAAGAUCAUAGACUUUAUACUGCCCUCCUCCCCCCUAGCUCUCUCCAAGCCUCCCCCCACCCUCCCAGGAGCAUCACCCCUUGACCCUCUUUUGACCCUCAAUCUUCAGUUCACCAAGUCACACAUCAAGCAAGGACAAUCAUGUUACUGAAUGUGUUUUUAUCCAACUAGCUGUCAAUAUUGGGAUGGAUACGUUAUACCAGAAACGUCACAAUCUGACUUUUGUGUGUUUGAUUUAUUUUAUUGUUUGUGUUCAUUGGAAAAUUUACAAGCAAAACAUGGCUCCUUAUAGGUCCAAAGAUAUUUGAAUAUACCAAUUAGCAAUAGGGCAGAUUGAUUAUGAAAUGUGAAACAAUGAAAGGGGAUUUCAGUUACUCUUUUUGUGGAAAGAGUAAAAAGAGUCCUAUUCCAAUUUUGACACUCGCUCUUACAUUCUAAUCUCCCACACUUUCACGUUCUUUCUCUGGCAAUUGAUUGAAAAACUGUCUGAGCUUUCAGAACCCAUUGUACAUUACUGUGGACAACACAGUUGAACUAGCAAAAUUUCAGAGAAACGUGACAAUAAUAAUGUGGCUUGAUCCCUCAGGAGGGAGAAAAUAAAGCUAUAUAGGUUAGCAAAGUUCCCCUCUAUUCAUACAGUAAAUCCUUCAACAGACUUGAGGGAAAGACUGACUAAAUUAGGCAUAAUUUGUUUCAUGUUGAGUGAUUGAUAUUUAGAAUGACAUUUUCUAUUAUUUCCAACCGAUUUGAAUUAUGUCCACAUAUUCAACAAAGUGGGACAACUGUUCUUGAGAAGAUCAUGGUAGGGGCUUCAACCAGGGAUAUAAUUGAAUACCAGUUUAAAUGAUGCUUUGAUUUUGUUUUCAACUGAAUGAAAAACAGAUGUCUAUAUGUAACCCUCUCGAUACAAUAAAAGAUACUUUGUUAAAA